AAGGAAAUCCAAUAAUUCGUCCUUCAAUUCCAUCUUGAACUGUAGGUAACAACUACGCCAGCUAGCUAGGUAGAUUUUUUCAGGAAAUGGUAGUAGGCGAGGUGAGUAAUGGAGGUAGUGGGCAGAAAGCGAUGGGGAGCUUCCUCCUCCACGUCCUCACCGGCCGGUGGUUCAUGGUCUUCGCCUCCCUUCUCAUCAUGUCCAUGGCCGGCUCAACCUACAUGUUCGGUCUCUAUUCAGGGGAGAUCAAGUCCUCACUUGGGUAUGACCAGACAACCUUGAACUUGAUCAGCUUCUUCAAGGACCUGGGAGGAAACGUGGGUAUCAUCUCCGGCCUCAUAAACGAGGUCACUCCGCCGUGGGUGGUUCUCCUCGCCGGAGCACUCAUGAACUUCUUCGGCUACUUCAUGAUAUGGCUGGCCGUGACGGGGAAAGUGGCGAAGCCGAAUCUCUGGCAGAUGUGUCUGUACAUAUGCAUCGGAGCCAAUUCCCAGACUUUUGCAAACACAGGGGCGUUGGUCACCUGCGUGAAGAGCUUCCCGGAAAGCAGGGGAGUUGUUUUGGGAUUGCUGAAAGGAUUUGUGGGUCUCAGCGGCGCAAUCAUUACCCAGUUGUACCACGCUUUCUACGGUAAUAACGACGGAAAGUCUCUGAUUCUGCUCAUCGGAUGGUUACCGGCGGCUGUUUCGUUCAUUUUUCUCCGGACGAUCCGUGAUAUCAAGCUGGUUCGUCAAUCCAACGAGAUCCAGAUCUUCUACAAGCUCCUCUUCAUAUCCCUCGGCUUGGCCGGGUUUUUAAUGGCCAUAAUCAUCGUCCAGAACAGAGUGGCGUUUACCCGGCCGUUGUACGCCGGGAGUGGCACCGUCGUUCUCAUUUUACUCUUUUCCCCUCUGUUUCUCGUUUUCAGGGAGGAGCUCAAUCUCUGGCAAACCAAACAGCGCAAUUUAAGAAACGAAUCUUCUCCUUCUGAGGUACUGAAGAUUGAAAUCAGUAAACAGGCGGCGGUGGCGGCGGCGGCUGCCGCCGCAUCCGGCGGUGAGACGAGUUCCUGUUUCAAGAACGUGUUCAGCCCGCCGCCGAGAGGAGAGGACUACACUAUUCUGCAAGCGCUGUUCAGCAUCGACAUGAUUGCUCUGUUCACGGCGACGACGUUCGGCGUCGGCGGGACGUUGACCGCCAUCGACAACCUCGGGCAGAUAGGGAAGGCGCAGGGGUACCCGGCGGAGAGCAUCACGACGUUCGUGUCACUGGUGAGCAUAUGGAACUACCUGGGACGAGUGGUCGCCGGAUUCGUGUCGGAGAUCUUCCUGACCAAAUACAAAUUCCCCCGGCCGCUGAUGCUCACGGCGGUUCUCCUCCUCUCCUGCGUCGGCCACCUCCUCAUUGCCUACGCCGUCCCGAACUCUCUGUACGUCGCCUCCAUCCUGAUGGGUUUCUGCUUCGGGGCUCAAUGGCCGUUGAUCUUCGCCAUCAUAUCGGAGCUCUUCGGCCUCAAGUACUACUCGACUCUGUACAAUUUGGGAGGAGGGGCCAGCCCGGUCGGCGCGUACCUGCUCAACGUGAGAGUGGCCGGACAUUUGUACGAUAAAGAGGCGAGGAGGCAGCUCAGAGCUGCAAAGGGACUUGCCGCCGCCGCACUUCAGGGCGGCAGAGAUUUGACUUGCAUAGGAGUGGAGUGUUAUAAAACGGCUUUUCUAAUAAUCACUGCUGCUACAGCUGUGAGCGUGGUGGUAUCUUCAAUACUGGUGAUUAGGACAAGAAAAUUCUACCAGGGUGACAUAUACAAGAGGUUCAAAGAGCAAGCUCAGGCCGCCACCAUGGCCGUGGAGAUGGAGAAAACCGUCGUCACAAACGAGCCAAAUUCCGGCGAGUUGUCCAAAUCACACCAUCCUAAAAUCUGACUCUAUAUUUUACUUUCGAGAUGUCGAAAUUUUUUUCUUUUAGAGAAAAUGACUUCUACCUCUAGACGCUGAUUAUUUGGAAAGGUGAAUAAUUAUCUUAGUUAACUCUAAAAUCUAAUACGGUUCCUCCCUACAUUCUGUUCCUAGUCUAAAUAAUCAAAGCUCCUUCGUCUACACAAAACUUCACACUUGGUAUGCCGGCUUAUUGGUGACAUUUAGGGCGCUGGCAUAACAAAAUUGUGUAUGGGCAUUGGGAAAAUUUUAUGUACACGAACCUUUAUUUUCAUGUGAAACUACAUGCAUGUCCAAUCACUUCAACACACAAGUCAAUGUUGACGUGCAACUCAAUGUAUAAAUGGACAGACAAUAGUUGUUUGUGAUUAAAUGUGUGAUUGUUAGAAGACGUGCAAAUGGAUGCUGCAUUAUCUACGUGACUAAUAAUUUCAUGUAAUUUGAUAAUAAAACAUCGAAAGAUAAUCAGAAGAUGGAAAUUUGUGCAAGUAACAAAAAAGUUGGAAAUGAAAAAAUAGAGAAGUGUAGGAUGGAGAAGAGAAGAUGAGGAUUCAGAAUCAGUUUGAUACUUCUUACAAUAUCACGUAUAGAACAUAUGUAUUGAGCAACGAAAUUAUGGAAGAUGAAAGGUGUUGAGAUAGUUCAUUUCAUAAAGAAGAAAUAUAUUUGUAAUGUUCAUUCUGUCUUUCAGAUGUGAAGCUAAUAAGAAUAUAUACAAAAUGAU